AUGUUUGUGCGAUCCGUCUUGCUAGGUGGCGCCGCUGCUAUUGGCGCUAGCGCCAUGCUGGUUGUCCCCGAGAUGGAACCUAAAGUCGAUAUGAUUGAAGAUGAAUUUGUGAAUGUUCAUCAUCUGCUUAUGCCUGACGUUCACCAUGCUGUUGUUGACCUACCCUGCUCUGAAUGUCCUCUCCGUGAAACCAACGACGGUGUUGUUAGUUGGACGGAGGGCAAACCAUCAUCUCUGAAUCUGGAUUUCUCCAUCGAAGACAACCGCCUACUGGCCAACGGUCGUCAAAUAUUCCCACCGGCCCCGCCCAUUCCAAUUCUUGCUGUGCAACAAAAUGAAGAGGGAGAGGACUCCACUCUCAUGCCUGUUGGGUAUGCGCUUGAAAUUAUGCCAAUGGCCGCACCAUCUGACGAGCCGGGCUACGAACUGCUGGACAUUCGCUUUACUGUUCUCGACCUGGAAGCUCACCCAGUCCCCGUCGAUACCGUUGCGAUCACCGUUCUACAGGAUCCCAACGGCGAGCUCUUCAUCGCUCGGACUAAAAUCGAAAAUACCACUCCUGCUGCCGACCGAUUAUCUUGGAAGCAGUGCCAUGGCAAAGCCAAAUGCCUUCAGGAACUUCUGGUCUCUCGCAUUCGGGGCCUCUUGGCUAGUGCCAAGGCUCGCGUGAUGGGCAUGGCAAAAGCCGGCCGCAAGAGCUGCCAUGGCAAAUUCAAGGGCAAGACAAUGGGCCACCACGAAGAAGGCCAUGAGGGUAUGCCUUUCUCUCCCCAGCCUUCUUUCGGGAAAGAGGGCUCUGGGAGUGAAAUGUUUGGCCCCGGAGGCCACCAUGCCCAUGCCCAUGGCUCCACUCAUCCCCACCAGCAUCACCUAUACCACGGCGCUUUCGCUCGCGCUUUCUCUCGCAUUGUGCACUUUAUUGUUGUCCCAGCUGUCCUGGGUGUCCUGGCCGGAUUGACUGCUAGUGCCAUUGGAAUGCUGGUCGGCCAGGCUGUGGUUUUCCUCUGGCAACGCUACCGCAGCACCACUUCUGUGGAGCCCAAGGCCGCCUGGGAAGACGGCGAGGCCUGCGAAAAGCAGGGCCUCGUGAUCAUCCCUCGUUCCUCCGAGGAGGUUCUUCCUGAAUACACUGGCCCUUCUCAGGCCCGAGGAUCACUCGAUAAGAAUUAA